GCAGAAAGCUGAAAAAGUCACUUAGAGUCACUUCAUAUCUAACAGACUGAGAGAGCUACAGGAAGCGGAAGACAGAGAGUAUAUUGUGGGUCAUUUUCAGAGGACAGAAGAAUAAUACACUCCUGUACUCCUGUUAUCUCACACUCAGUCUGCUCCCACAACAGCAGCCUCCAUCACCAGAGAGAAGGACUUUUAGCCUCAGAACACGUCCUUGGAUAUUUCCUGUAAAAAGGUCGAACAAUCAGCAGAAAAAAUGGGAUGCUUUGGAUUCCUAAAAGCUGCCAUGUUUGUUUUCAAUGGCAUCAUCUUUUUGGCAGGUGCUGCCAUCCUUGGUGUUGGGAUCUGGGUGAAGGUGGACAGCAGCUCCAUCUUCAGCUUUCUCGGGAAAAUUGCACCAGCAGAAAAUGCAGAGCUCAGUCAGGUGCUUAAUGUGGGCUACCUGCUGAUUGCAUUAGGAGGACUUCUGGUCAUCAUCGGUUUUCUAGGCUGCUGUGGAGCCAUCAAAGAGAGCAAGUGCAUGCUGCUGCUGUUUUUCCUCAUAAUCCUGCUGGUGUUCAUAGCGGAGAUUGCAGGAGCUGUGGUGAUCUUGGUAUUCAGACCUUUGUUGGACGAGUUGGUUGUCAAGUUUGGCACGGCAGCAGUUAAGAGCAUCAAAAAGGACUAUGGGGAAAAUUCUGACAUCACAGGACUGUGGAAUACUACAAUGAGCACAUUACAUUGUUGUGGAUUCUACAACUCCUCAGACUUCACUGACUCUCCAUAUUAUAAGAAUCAUGGAAGUCAUUUCCCACCACAAUGCUGUGCAGGCACUGAUGAACCAUGUACACAAUCGACAAUCACUGGUUGCUUCCCAAAGAUCAAGGAUCUGAUUGAUAGCAACACAGUGGUUAUAGUGGGAGUGGCCCUGGGGAUUGCAGUUUUGGAGGUAUGACCACAUCUCUUACCUAUUUCUCA